AUGAAGCGGGACGAACGACGCGAGGCAGCUCGCGAAGCCGCCACAGUUGCUCGACAACAGAGCCUGUCACAUGAGGCACUGAGCAAGGCUCUGCAGGUGGUGAAGUUCAGAGACUGGUUCCGGGCUGAGACAUCUGGGCCCGAUGAGUCCCUUUCACCUCGAGCCGACUUGGUGGAGGUAGCGGUAGCUGAGCAGAUGAAGUGA